AUGUCGUCCUUGUCGAGUCCAGUUCCGGUGAUACUUUGUGGCAGACGCGCCGAGAUUGGGAGGCCAGUCUCGGAGCUAUUGGUCCCUGAAUUCGAAGUCAUCCAUUUCAUCACGACCAAUGAAGCCGCUCUGACCGAUAUUCCUCGCCUCCUGAAAGGCGAGAAGCCUCAAUCUCCAGAUGACAGCGGCGUGGGCACCCAGAAUUACAGCCAGGUUCCACGCGCCGUCGUCUUCGGUCGGGGAUAUGAUAUCAGUGAAGUAGAACAGUUUAAAAACGCAAGCGAGGGAAGCAAUGCGGAACCCGUGGCUUGGAUUACGGGUGAUCCGAAUAAGAAGCCGGAUCCUAGUGCUCCCCCUCCAGGGCCGGGGUAUGCUCAAUUUGCGGCGAUGCAGGUAAAAGAAAAGCUCUCUGCUUGGAAGGAGGAAGGUGCUACAAAUAAUGGAAUUAUCUUAUGGUAG